AUGUUCCCUGCUCUCUCUGUUACUCCUUUCUCUUUAAUCACUGAACCAUCCAAAUUCACUAACCAAGAUCCAACGAUCUUGUUUAACAAACUUGGAUACUACUACGCAAUCGGACUUAUGCAGCAAUUAGACGAGUUAGAAAAUAUUUCGAACAUUAUAUGGUCAGAUAUCAAUAAAGAUUUUACAGAUGUUCAACAAAGAAUUCAAAAUCUUCACACAAAGGUGCAAGCAGUUAAACAAAAAGUUCCUUUAUGUGUAGAGAAGCUUAGCAAAGCUCCAGCACACUCAUUUAACAAAAACCUCUGCCAACAAAUGUAUCCUCCAUUAGCGAAGCCCGAAGAUAAUGUUUCAAUGGAGAUCAAAAGUAAUCUUGUCAAAGUUCUUUACUCUAUUUCGAAACCGGCACCAACACUUGCAGCUUGGAAGCCUCUCAUACCAGAUUAUCAAAAUCUUGAUAAAUAUAUUACAAAUCCUUCCGCAUUCAUGGAUAUGUUCAGAGAAGAAAUGCUUAGAGAUUGUCAAAACUUAGUAAAUAGGAGACAUAAAGGUGGAUAUAGACACAGGAAAGAACAAGAUGAUAUCGAUCAGAAGUCUGAACAAGGAAAGAAUGUGAUGAUUGUCAAAAUCUUGCCUCUGCCAACAAUUGUUCAACAGCCACCACCAAUUGGAAAGAUUCAGGGCUGGAAUAACAGGCUUUCCUUCAAAACUUCGAUAAGUUCAAGUGAUGAUGCUGCAUUAUUUGCUUCUUCAGCCAUCAAACCUGCAACACUUUCUACACCAGAACAAAGGAAGAGAGCUCCAAGACCUCCUCCAAAGCCAAUCCAACUUCCAGAUCCAGUUCCAACUCCAGUUGCUCAACCAGAGGCUGCUCCAGAACCAGAAAAGAAAGAGAAAAAACUCAGAUGGGGAAAGUCAAAAGAAAAGAAGGCUCCACCUCCAAAAGCAGCUCCAGCCCCUGCUGCUCGUGCACCACAAGCCCCUGCUGCUCGUGCACCACAAGCUCCUUCUGCUCCUGCUGCACCACCUCCACCACCUGCACCUGCAGCUCCACCGCCACCACCUGCACCUGCAGCUCCACCGCCACCACCGCCUCCUUCGGUCCCUGCACCACCUCCACCAUCUAUUCCAAAGCCGCCUGCUACAGUGACUAUUUCUCAAAGUGGAGGUGCCUCAAAUCACUUGGAUCUCAUCAAACAAGGAAACUUCAAGCUAAGGAAGUUCUCUGUGUGCAAACCAAAGGACGAGCCAAAGAAAGAUGUGGAUCCAAAUUCAUUAUCUGUCGGAGAGCUUCUUCAAUACAUGGCUUCUAUAAGAGCUGAUGUUGCUGCUUCUGAUGAUGAUCAAUCAGCUGAUUCAGAUGACGAUUCAUCCGAAGAUUGGUAA